CGCGCACUCCACGCCACACACCACUGCAAAGCACAUGUGUUUCUGCAAGGCAAGGCAAGAAGUUGGCAGCGAGGCGCACCAACAAGCCAAACGGCCACCAGCCAACCAAGCCGUCAGUCACAAUUCAUCUUUCACAGCAGACAAACGUUGGUUCGUUCCCCAAAGCAGUGCCAGUGGAGCUACAGAAAAGUAGUUUAAGAAAAAAAGUAUUCAAAAGUGCAAACUGGUGGCAAAAAAAAAGUAACGCUUUAUUUCAAGAAGACGCAAGUGAUCGCACUAAAGAGUCAAGUCGACAAACAGGAAUUAAAAGGAGAGUUUUGUGUGAUCGACGAACGAGAAAGUGAUACGGGGCUACUACGGAACAAACGUGCAUACAUUGUUACCUAUACAUACAUAUGUACAGGUGUGUUUCUGACACUACUAUGCCUGUGUGUAAAAUAAUUUCAAUUUCGAAUUAAAUUGAAUUGUAUGCGAAGGUUCUGGCGCGAAAUUGGGAUAAAAGCGCGUUGCAGGCCUAGUUUCGUUAAGAAAAAAAAUAUAUAUAUGUAAAUAUUUAUUAUUGUGCGUGUUUUGUUGUUCUUAUUUCUUACGAAACUUUAAUUGGCAACGACAGCGCGCGCGACUCAGCAAUUCAACAAAAAAUCAGUUUUAAUUAAAAGUUGUUUGUUUGCAUUUUCGGAAUUUUUCGUUUGAAGCAGUGCUAAAGAAAUCAACAGCUAAGCGAUAAAAAAAAUAUACAAAAAUUAUUGUUGGCUCAUUAAUGCGAACAAGCAACAGAAAUAUCUACACUGAAAAAGUAAGAAUCGAACAAAUCGACGGUUACAAUUGUUUUUUUCUUUGGAUUCAAACAUAUCGACCGCUCCCUGCACCCGCAUACCGAGGCGUGCGACCUCAGUUGCAAGUCCGUCGUCACAGUCAGCACUUGUGCCCAGUCAGCAAUAACAAUACGAAUAAACGAAAAAUACAAAAGUGAUAACAACAACAAAAACUAUUACUACUUCCACGGCCAACUUCCACAGUCAAGCGGCAAAGGCAACAGGGGAGCCGUCGAUCCAACCAAAGGCCCCUAAGCAGAGUCAUUCGAAUUGGAGUUGAAAUUAGGCUUUUGCAGAAAUAAAUUGUUAAAGCGACUCAGCAAAUCGUCCCAGAAUGGAGCGUGGAUUGCACGAUCGCGAUCGCGCGGGCGUACAAGAUUUUGUGCUGCUCGAGAAUAUUCAAAGUGAAGAGGCAUUCAUUGGAAAUUUACGCAAACGUUUUCAAGAAAAUCUAAUCUAUACUUAUAUUGGUCAAGUACUUAUUUCAGUUAACCCUUAUAAACAACUUCCAAUCUAUAGUGAAAAUGAUAUCAAAGAGUAUCGUAACAAACACUUCUAUGAGAUGCCGCCACACAUAUUUGCCGUAACAGACAAUGCUUUCCGCUCAUUGAUCGAAGAGAAUAAAGGCCAAUGUGUUUUAAUUUCCGGUGAGAGCGGUUCGGGUAAAACUGAGGCCUCCAAGAAGGUGCUGCAAUAUAUCGCCGCCUGCUCUGGCCAUCAAUCGACUGUUGAGAGCGUCAAGGAGAAAUUGCUGAAGAGUAAUCCCGUACUGGAGGCAUUCGGCAAUGCAAAAACGAAUCGGAAUGUAAACUCUUCACGCUUCGGCAAAUAUAUGGACAUACAGUUUGACUACUCCGGCACACCAAUUGGCGGACACAUACUCAAUUAUUUGCUGGAAAAGUCGCGUGUUGUCAAUCAAAAUGCCGGCGAACGUAAUUUUCACAUCUUUUAUCAACUCUUGGCUGGUGCUAGCGAAGAAGAGUUGAAACGGCUGCAGUUGAAGCGUUCAUUGGAUAGCUACUCUUACCUGAGUGAUGGGCAAAACGGCGUUGUUAAGUACAUUGACGAUGUUGCCGAUUUCAACACCGUCAAACAGGCCAUGAGUGUCAUCGAUUUCACGGAUUCUGAGCAAAAAGAUAUAUUCAGCAUUAUCGCAAGCGUUUUGCAUUUAGGCAAUGUGACUUUCAAUGAAGCAGAAGGCGUUGCUAAGGUCUCCAAACCCGACGCCGUUGCAGCGGUGGCCCAAUUGCUCGGCGUCAGUCAAAACGCACUCACCGAUGCGCUCACGAAUCGCACAAUUGACGCACAAGGUGAUGUCGUCACUUCGCCAUUGAAUCGCGAGCUGUCCGUUUAUGCGCGCGAUGCGCUAGCCAAGGCUAUCUACGAUCGCUUAUUCACCUGGCUCGUACAACGUUUAAAUCGCUCACUGCAGGCAAAGGAUCUGCGUGAUGCGCUGAACAAUGUCAUGGGUAUUUUGGAUAUUUAUGGCUUUGAAAUUUUCAAGAAGAAUAGCUUUGAACAAUUCUGCAUUAACUUCUGCAACGAGAAGCUGCAACAGUUGUUCAUAGAGCUGACACUUAAAUCCGAGCAAGAUGAAUAUCAGCGCGAAGGCAUUGAAUGGGUGCCCGUUGAAUAUUUCGACAACAAGGUGAUUUGCAAUUUGAUUGAAGAGAAGUACAAGGGCAUCAUUUCCAUACUCGACGAAGAGUGCUUGCGCCCAGGCGAACCCACCGAUAUCACUUUCUUGGCAAAACUCACCGAUAAGCUGGCUGCGCAUCCGCACUACAUUUGCCAUGAGAAAUCAUCGACGUUGGUGCAGAAGACUAUGGGACGCGAUGAGUUCCGGUUGGUCCACUAUGCUGGCGAUGUCACUUAUAAUGUCAAUGGCUUUCUGGACAAGAACAACGAUCUGUUAUUCAGAGACUUGAAGGAGACCAUGAGUAGGGCGGGUAACGAUAUCAUACGCUCUUGCUUCCCGGAGGGCGAGUACAAGAACAAAAAACGUCCAGAUACUGCGAUUACACAGUUCAGAAAUUCAUUGAACAACCUCAUGGAUAUCCUUAUGUGCAAAGAACCGUCCUACAUACGCUGCAUCAAGCCGAAUGAUCAGCAGCAGGCGGGCAUCUUUGACGACGAAUUGGUGUUGCAUCAAGUGAAGUACUUGGGUCUGAUGGAGAAUUUGAGAGUACGUCGUGCGGGCUUCGCGUAUCGCAGAACUUACGAAACAUUCCUCAACCGCUACAAGUCCCUCAGCAAAGCCACCUGGCCGAACUACAAAGGCUCGCCCAAGGAAGGUGUACGCGAACUCGUCGCCGAUUUACAGUAUGGUCCCGAUGACUACCGUUUAGGUGCUACGAAAGUUUUCAUACGCUUCCCCAAAACGCUCUUCGACACCGAGGAUGCCUUCCAAGUGAAAAAACACGAUAUUGCUGCCAUAAUACAAUCGCGUUGGAAGGGACGCCAACAGCGGAGGAAGUACCUGAAAUUACGCGACCAAAUCAUCACAUUACAAUCAUAUUGCCGCCGAUAUCUGGCCAUACAGGCACUACGGCGUCGUCGUGAAGCCGCCACUAAGAUACGCGCCUUUAUCAAGGGUUUCAUCACACGCAACGAUGCACCGAAUGGCUACAAUGAUGAAUUCAUUGUAAACAUGAAACGCAUGUGGCUUAUACGCCUGUCCAAGCAGCUACCAACCGAAGUAUUGGACAAGAGUUGGCCCUCGUCCCCGGUACACUGUCAGGAAGCAUCUACCUACCUUCAUCGCUUGCACCGCCUGCAUUUGGCGCGCAAAUACCGGCUGAGUUUAUCCGAUGAACGCAAACGGCAAUUCGAGUUGAAGGUGCUGGCCGAAAAGCUCUUCAAGGACAAGAAGGCCAACUAUUUGGCCAGCGUGCCAUAUUGGUUCCAAAAUGAUCGUAUACCUAAAGAGCAUGCGGCCGAAAUCAAUAACUUCGUUGGCACUUCGCUGAACGGCGAGACUCUGAAAUAUGCAUCGCCAUGCACGAAAUUCGAUCGUCACGGUUACAAGCCGCGGGAACGUUUUGUGGUGCUUAGCAACAAGGCACUCUACGUGCUGGACGGCAAGAGCUACAAGCAGAAGCAUCGUUUGCCGCUGGAAAAGAUCGAUUUUGUUACCACAAAUCAUAGCGACAGCCUGCUGGUCAUACGCAUACCACUCGAGCUGAAGAAAGAUAAGGGCGAUUUGAUACUUGAGAUACCUUACAUCGUUGAGCUCGGCACGCUAGUCGUGGACACUGUCGGCACCGCCAACAUACUUAGCAUCGUCAGUCGAGACACUUUGGAACACAAUGUAGUUAAAGGCAAGGCUGGCGUUAUCGAUAUUCAAACCGGCGGCGAACCAGGCAUCGUACGCGAUAAGGGUGGUCACCUUGUUGUUAUUGCUGGACAAUAAAUAUGAGAUAGAAGUGCUUACUACCUUUAACCAGAAAUCAGGGCUUUAAAGACAACGGAUGUAUUUUUAUAUAAAUAUUUUGUUAUACUUGUUAUCUGAACUUUGCAGCAGAUUAUUUCGAGAAUUUAUAAAAA